AUGGCGGGCGCUACUUUCUCGUCACUGCCGAACGAGCUCAUUACAAUGAUUUCCCACCACUGCGCAGACGCCUACCCUCUCUGUCUCGUAAACCAGAGAACACUCCCGUUAGCUCAACAGGGUUUAUAUCACACCAUCAAGCUCCCGCACACUCAUUACAAUCAAGUAGUACUUCUCGUCCGAACGUUGGUUGAAACCCCACAUCUGCGUCGCUUGAUCCGCGAAGUCGACAUUUCAUUAGGCCCGGGCGCUUACUACGACCGAAGCAAGAUGGAAACGCGUGAGAUUCUUGACAAGUGGCAUAAGUCUAUACUCGACGAAAGCAAGCUCUCGGAUGCUGAGGGACAUAUCCUGCUAUUAUGCAGACAGCACGCGGCGAUGAGUCGAUUAGACCUUUCAAUCAUUAUGGGGUUACUGAUUGGUCUGUUGCUCUGUUUUGUUCCCAGGAUUUACUCCCUCGCAAUUUCUCAGGUGCAAGACAACAAUCCCGCUUCCCAUAGAUUACAAACAAUAGGAUUGCGGACAAUGCUGUUGGUCGCCAUUUCAACGUACUCCGUCGAAGGCAUGAAGCGGAGAGUCUGCCCAGAACUCAAGUGGCUUGUCUUGCUCCCUAGCUCGACACACUUCGAGAAUUUUUAUUCUUUUGGCGCAGGGUUCAAACUCUUGGAAUACUUCGUCGCCCAUCCGACUCUUGAGGCAGUUGUUUCCUCGUACGAUUUUGGCAAUUGGGGUCUAUCCGGCCCUCUCAGUAGUGGAACAUCUCUUUCCAUGACGCAACUCAUCCUUCGGCCCACGGGCAUGAAUGCCACUACUCUCAGCAGGGCCCUGAGUCGAUUCCCGAAGCUCACGCAUCUCUUUGUCGAAUUCGAUUCUCUGAGUUCCAAUGGCGGCUUAGUAAUAAGGGACCAGUUGGGCCACACGAUUACGGAAUGUUGUCCCUGCAUCGAGCAUUUGAGCCUAAGGUUUCCUGAGCAGGGGAUAAACAAGUUCUUUGGCCAGAACCCUACUCUAGAGAUUCACUCUCUGAUAAGCAGCACGUGGAACCUGUCUGGCCUGGAAGUAUUCCGCAGCAGAAUCGCGAUGUACUACUCGCUCCUUGAGGGACUGGAUGAACGCGCUGCGUUGCUCAGAUACUGGGUGCCCCGGCAAGCGAGGUUGCUUCUCUUAGAUACCACAGACACCGGAGAGGACAUGACAGGCGCACCUUACUUUGAAGGUGUGAAAUCUCUUGUCCUCUCUCUCUGCCGGGCACGUCAGGUGGGACAGCUUCGCUUCGGAACCGUGGCCGUCAGUGUCCACGUUGGAGGUAACAUUGACUGGCAUGAAGUCGUUCAAGAGGCCAGGAAGCAUGGAGCCGGAACUGACUUCCGGCUAAUGGUUGUCUUCUUUCCUGCGAUGCGUCAGGCUUUCUGGGCGUCCAAUUGGAGAGAAAUUUGGAGAGAAGAGAUUGAUAUUCCUGCUCGACUGUCAAAGCAAGGCCAGCAACAGCGUGCAAUCGUUGAUUCGGGAUGA